AUGGCUUUCCAAGGUUGGCAGCAUCCCUACGUCAACAUAUUCAAACAUGUCAGGGUUGAAGACUGGAAAAAAUCUGCCAAAGUGGGCGAUGUGUCCUCAUAUACGGACAAGACGUUAAAGUGUCCAGUGUUCCGGAUCAAGGGUCCGGUCCCUGCCAACAGCUACAUCCUGGUUCCCAAAAACACCAACCACUCCCUGGGGCUGACAGGUCGCUACUUUUACCUUCUCUUCAGGCCCACUCCAGGAAAAUACUUUAUGGUUCACCUUGAUGUCACUGCGGAGGAGGGCCAAGUGAUCCGAAUCUCAUUUUCCAACAUGUUCAAAGAAUUUAAAUCCACAGCUACAUGGCUUCAGUUUCCUUUCUUGUGUGGCGCUGCAAAGGAUUCUGUAUAUGAAUGCACAUCCAGAACUGCAAAGCAUGGUAUGGUGGGCCGAGCUCCCUCUUCAGUGCGUUGGACUUGUUUGAUGAUGGACCUGCAGUUCACACUUUCUGUCUACCUCAAUCGCCAUUACAGUCACCUGAAGAGCAUCAAGCUUUGCGCCAACAUGGUUGUGAAAAACAUGUUUACUAGUGACUUGCUGCUUGAUCCAGGGGUCUCCUUCAGUGAAGCAAAGCAGAUGGGUCUGGCCUCUUCUCGGGGAACAGGUCCCAUGCCCAGAGAGAUGUCCUUCCCAGUGCCCAAAGGAGGCUCCUGGAGUGACCGCUAUGAUCACAUAAGGUUUCCCUCAGAGGGCACAAAAUUACCUUUUGACUCAAUUCAAAAAGAAAAUCCAAAGCCAGGGUCUCGAAGUGCUUCAAACCAAAUAAACCCAGUGAGAGAAGAGUCUCACUGUGUCAACCUCAGUAAACCAGUUCAGGACCGUGUUUCCCUCAGUCACCAGAUCACCAUCCCAAAAUCACUCCUGAAGAAUCAAGCUGAGGUACCCGGCAGUCCUGAGUUUGGUGUUUUCUCUUCUAAUCAGAAGGAUCAACUUUGGCAUAAUGAUGGCCAACUGCAGGACUCGGCUCACUCCAGUUUACAUCAUGUCACAUCCAGGCGUGUUACUGAUGAUGGUGGGAUUCAUGUCUACGUUCAUCCUGAAGAAGAGCUCAGCACACAGGGGGAGGAAAGUGAAGAAGAGGUGGCGUUCAAUCCAGUUCCACAUCCUGUGUCUCUUCCAUCAUCCAAAGAAAGCAAACUCCAAAGGCUGCUCAGAGACCCAAUCCUCAGGCUCAGUAGGAUCAUCGGCUUUGGAGGAGCUACAUUUAAACAUGCCCUGUGGACUAAAUCAGGUGAUGCAGUGGUGUAUCCAUGUCACGCGAUUAUUGUCUCUAUGAAGAUUUUCUCAAACAAGCAGAGAUUCUUCAUAGGUCACACUGAUAAGAUUUCUGCUCUGGCCUUUAACGGCAACACAACACUGCUGGCUUCAGCACAAACUGGCAACAACGGUGUAGUUCGUAUUUGGAACUACAUUAAAGGAGACUGUCUGACAAUGUUAAGGAUCCAUGCUCACUCCUUAUCCUGCUUGAGCUUCUCUUAUGGUGGUGGGAUUCUCUGUGGUGUGGGUAAAGAUGGCCACAAUAAAACUAUGGUAGUGGUGUGGAACACCAUGAAUGUUAACGGGGGUGAAGAGGUGACUGUUUUAGCCAAAGCGCACACAGAUGUGGACAUUAAUACCAUGAAGAUUGCAUUCUUUGAUGAUACAAGGUUGGUCUCGUGUGGUCGUGAAAAUAUUCGUCUGUGGCGGGUGCGGAAUGGGACUCUGCGCUUCUGUCCGGUUAACCUCGGUGAAUACCAUUCAGUGGACUUCACCGAUGUGGCCUUUGAGGAGUUAAACUCUUCUGACAAGUAUUAUGAUGAUCGAACUCUAUUUGCCAGCAGUCGAAGUGGUCAUAUUUUUGAAAUUGACUACAGCAGAGUUGCUAUAAAAAACGUUAGAAGGUUGUUACCUGCUCAACAGCAACACGGAGAGCGCAGAGAGAAAUGGACUUUUAACACAGGUCCAGGUAUUGCCAUUAACAGCAUCAGCGUGUCUUCGUCAUUCUGUGCCACAGGCUCUGAAGAUGGCUUCCUGCGGCUCUGGCCUCUUGAUUUUUCUGCUGUCAUUUUAGAGGCUGAGCACGAGGGACCUGUGAGCAAGGUGUUGGUCUCAUUUGAUGGCCUGCAGGUCCUGGCAGCCACAUCGUCUGGUAACCUUGGUUUUCUUGACGUGAGUAGCCGAGGCUACAACACUCUAAUGAGGUCGCACACAGAUACUGUCCUCGGCUUCAGUGUGGACGGCAUUCGUCGGCAUCUCACAACCGCCUCGUCUGAUGGGACGGUGCGCAUUUGGAGUAUGGAUUCCUUGCAUCAGUUAUAUGACUUUGUAUCUGAGGAUAUGCCCUGCUGUGUGGCCUUCCAUCCACAUGAGCAGACCUUCUCUUGUGGCUUCAGCUCGGGGAUCAUCAGAGUGUUUGACGUUUCCAGCGCCAAACUGCUGGCUGAACAUAAACCUUACAGAGGAGAAGUGAUCGGUUUGGCUUUUUCUUCAAAUGGGGAGUUCAUGUACAGUGCUGAUUCUGAGGGUUCUCUGGCCAUUUAUAACGCCUCCGAGGAAGAUCACAAUGUGAUCAGAGUUACCUGUAACGUUGUGGCUCGAGGCACUGAGCGCGCUCCAGACGCUCUCGCUGUUAGCAGUGACAGCUGCUGUCUGGCUUUUGUUGGCCCCUCUGAGUACAUUGUCACCAUCGCUGAUGCUCGGUCUCUGGACGAGCUGCUUCACAUAGAUGUGAGUAUUUUGAAUGUAGAGAGCUCCCAGUUGGACUCUGCUCUGAAGGUCUGCUUCUCCCCAACCUGGACUGAGCACCUGCUGAUCGCCACAUCUGCAAACAAGAUCCUCUGGCUCAGCACUAAGACGGGCCGUCUGCUUCGAGAGGUGUCCAAGGUGCACAAACAAGGGUGUUCAUCGCUGGCUGUGAGUGAAGACGGUCAAUACCUGCUAACAGCGGGGCACAAUGCUGUGAAAGUGUGGGACUAUCACAUGCAGCAUCAUAUUAACUCGCAGAUGUUCAUCGGCCACAGCCAACCCAUCCGGAUGGUCAGCUUCACCCCCGAUCAGCUGGGUGUGAUCUCAGUGGGUGAUGCCAUAUUUCUGUGGGACUUCUUAGCAAAUCCUAUUGAAUCUUUGACAGACAGUAGUUCACCUCUAAAAGUCAGCCAUAUUUCAGCUCCAAAAGCAGACAGUGAAGUCCAUCUGUCCAACGGGAUGCCUCGACAGACGGCUCCCCUCCCCUCCUCACAGCUACAACUGCAUCACAGCACCACGGACCAAGCUGCUCACAGGGGUUUGGGUUCCUUGUCGUUUAACGAAGACAGCCCAGCAAACCCAACCGUUCCAGUUCAUGCCGUUAGUCCAGAUCCGACUUCUGAUCCCAGAUCGUCUGUCUCCUUUCUUAAAGUGACAGAUCUGGAGAACUCAUCUCCUCUGAAUGCACAGCAUAUGAAUCAGAAUAAACCUGUGCGUCCAGACUGUUACAGGCACUUUAUCCCCCGUUUAAAGACCUCCUCUCUUGAUCAGAGCGCUGCAACUCCCCAACCUGGUGAAGAAGGUAUGAAGCUGAAAGCAGUGAUCGGCUACAACGGAAAUGGUCGUGGCAACAUGGUGUGGAGCCCCGAUCAAGGUUUGUUUGCGUACUCCUGUGGUUGUGUUGUGGUGGUGGAGUAUCUUCAUACAGGAAGUCAGAGACACCUGCGGGGCCACAGCCAGGAGAUCUCUUGUCUUGCUCUCUCAAAUGAUGCACGGACCUUGGCGUCAGCAGCUAGCGAUGGUAACAACAGCAGAAGCCUCAUCUUGAUUUGGGACAUUCAGAAUGUAAAGUGUUGCAGUACCAUCUCCUAUCAUAAGGGGGCAGUGCAGAGUCUCGCUUUCUCCAGGGAUGACCUCUUAUUUCUUUCUAUUGGAGAUUUUUCGGACCCAGGCUUGGCUCUGUGGAGCAGUACGAACUUCCAGUUGCUGUCUAGCAUAAGUGUGUGUGGUUCAAUUCAUGAUGCCGCCUUCAGCCCCUCAGCAUCCAGUCAGAUGGCCUGCGUGGGCAGUCAGGGGGUUUACUUCUGCCUCAUCCACUCACGGGGACCGAAUGUAGACCUCAAGGUCCAAAAGGUGACAGCACCAGCCGAGGUGGGUGAUGUGGAGCUGACCGCUCUGUGCUAUCACAUGGACUCCGUUCUGUUCACAAGCACAAAUAAAGGGCAUGUUUGUGCCUGGGACGUUAAAACGCUGAGCUGCUUUAUGAUCUGGGAAGCUGCUAAAGGAGAUAUAGGAGUGCUGCUCUGUCGAGGAAAUCGUUUGUUGACAGGCAGCGACACCCACUGGCUGCGGCUGUGGGAAGUUGAUGCUGUGCAGAGCAGCAAGUCUAAGGGAAACGUCUGCAGUGUGGAUGGCGGAACGAAGGUGGUGGUGGAACAAGAGAUGAAGCUGGAUGGGACAGUGGUCAGUGCAGCGUUUGAUAACUCCUUGGAGAUGGGGAUCAUUGGGACCACGGCAGGUACUCUCUGGUACAUCAACUGGUCAGACAACAGCAGCAUCCGUCUGGUCAGCGGGCACCGAACCAAGGUGAAUGAUGUCGUUUUUAGCUUUGAUGAGAGCCACUUUGUGACCUGCAGUGAGGAUGGCAGCGUGAGGGUGUGGUCGACCUCCAGCUAUGAGCUGGUGGUGCAGUUUCAGGUGCUCCACCAGGCCUGCAGCUGUGUCUGCUGGAGCCCUUCUAGUAAAGACAGCGCAUGUGUGGCUGCAGGGUACAGUGACGGGACUGUGAGGAUUUUCCGGCUCGCUUCAACAGAGAUGGAAAUGAAGCUGCAUCCUCAUCAGGUGGCUGUCUCUGCUAUCCAGUACUCUUCUAAUGGUCACAUGAUCCUUUCAGCAGGAGAGAAUGGCCUGGUAGCUGUGAGUAGCCAGCUAAAUGGAGCAACAUUACGUGUCAUCAGGGACCACAAAGGAGCGACUGUUUCCACAAUCCAGUGUGUGAAUGAACAGUGUAAGAAGUUUGGACUGGAAGGAAGUGAGCUGUGGUUGGCUGCGAGCGCCGACAGACGCGUCAGUGUUUGGGCUGCCGAUUGGUCGAAGGAGAAGUGCGAUCUCUUAGACUGGCUGUCAUUUCCUGCUCCGGCCCGCUCUGCGGGUGACACCCUGCCCCCCAGCCUGGCUGCCUUCUGCCCAGCUGAUCACAGUCUGGUGGUCUACUCUGGUUAUGGAGCGGAGAAAGAGCUGACUUUCUACAGCUUGGUUAGCAAACAGAUAAUAAAAAAGAUUGCCUUGCCCCACUGGGCCACCUGCAUGAGCCUGUCCUCUAAGAAGCAGCUCUUAGCUGUAGGAUCAAAAGAGAGAGUGCUGAAGCUGAUCCAGUCGAGCAGCGGAAGGUUUCAGGACUUCUUGCUGCACAGCGACUCUCUGCAGACGUGUCACUUCUCUCCUUCUGGGGCGCUGCUUCUGUCUGUAGCUCAUAAUGAGGUCCUGCUGUGGGAGGUGCAGGGCCUCUGA